GGCUGAUGGGAAAAGGUUUAAACGUUUCCAGAAUUUGUCAGUGACGUCACUAAGGCUUGUUUCUCGCGUAAUUAUCCAGUUCAAGAUGUUCGAUUACGACUAUCACCAGGCCAACUCUUUUAUUUUGGUCAGGAUGUGACGUUCUAGAACUUGAGGUAAAGUUUGCUAGUUGAGACAGGCUGAACCUCAGUCGUUUUCUAGGAUCCGGAGAUAUGACGACAUACGUACGGGUACGGGUGCUAUUUCGCACAGAAUGGAAUCUGCUUAGGGUACUCUUUUCCCGAUCUACACUCAAGGCGCUGCACCCAAAGAACUUGCUUCAAAUUACCUCGUCACUCCAGGUUAGAAAAGUCGGGAAGAACGCCGCUGAUUACUGCAGAAGAGUUGGCUGGCUCCGUCUAGCCUUGACGAUCGGGAGCGCCUCACUGAUAGCAGCGGCGCCCACACGCGAAUGGUGGCGAGUCACGGGGGACGAUGUGGACAAACUGAUCGGGCGGGCGGAACAGUCGUUCGGUGAGGAUGAGUUAGGUCGCUGUUGUCGGACCAUGGCCUUGCGAAAGGCCCUACAGGUUGUAGAGCCCAUGGAGGGAGAUAAGAAAGUCGAAGCGCUUUCGAAGAUUUAUACCAGGCUGGCUGACCUAAUGACAAGCUUGUAUGAGGCAGAGUGGAUCUAUAGGGAGGGAGUGCACCUGAUGGAAGAGGGCGGACCCACUAGGAAGAGCAGGUACCUUGUGGAGGGGAUGAGGACUCGGCAGGCGGUUGCGUGGCUGAGCUGCCUGUCCCCCAGAACACCGCCCACACACCAUGCGGCCAGACUGCUCAGGAACACCGCCGGUGCCCUAGAGACGUCCGCUCAAGAGAGCAUGGCCCGCGGUGCGCCGAACAGGGAGAUACUGAUUCAAUUAGCGACCACAAUGCAAAAGUUAGGCCAGCAGUACCAUCUACCCGAGGCCGAGCUGAGCUUACACAAGGCCCUCAUGAUAUACCAGCACAUGUACGGGCUCACCCACCCCGACACCAUACGCGUGUUUAACGACCUGGGCAACCUGUACAAGGGGAAAGAGGACUAUGACAGGGCCAUUAGCUGCUACAAUCGGGCAAUUGAGCUGGGAAAGGCGCAUGCGCCGUGGUUGGUGUCCUCCAUAUUGCGUAACCUUGGCACGACCCUUGCGGACAUGGACGACAAGAGCGGGGCUAGGGCCACAUUCCAGAUGGCGCUGAAGGCCGCACAAGACUGGCAGAGUUUGCUGGUGAGAGAAAAUAGCGACUGGAAGCCAAACCUGACAGAGGAAGGCGACUGCCGCGACCUGCUAGAAUGGAUUGAGGAAAUGGAUUGAGGAAUAAAGUAGAGAAAAAAACUGUGCUAGUGUAAGACAAGUAUGAAAUUUAUUUCUUUUAUUGGUGCACACGGUGUAUACGUAGGUCCAUUUUAAAUGGCAUUUUAUCAUUCUAAGCAAUCCAACGUAACUAUUUUUCAUCAGACCCCUGUGUAUUGUUUGUAAUAAAUAUUGUGCAACAUCUCUUUUCUAUCUCACAAAUAAC